AUGCAACAUUUACCAGCUACCAUGUGCCGCAAAAUUGCUCGUCCAGUAUGUGAUGUUUUCAUCAACCACCGUGGGAUUGACACAAAGAGGAACGUGGCGGGGUUGCUUUAUGACCGUUUGAUGAAAAUGGAAGUGACGUCGUUUUUGGACAGCAUGAAUAUGAAAGCAGGGGAUAGGUUGUUCGAUCAUAUUGACAAGGCCAUUCUUGGGUGCAAGGUUGGUGUUGCGGUCUUUUCGCCACGUUAUUGUGAAUCGUAUUUUUGUCUUCACGAACUCGCUCUUCUCAUGGAAUCUAAGAAGAGGGUUGUUCCCAUCUUCUACGACGUUAAGCCUUCGCAGCUUGUUGUCAAGGACAAUGGAACUUGCCCUACUAAAGAGCUUCAAAGGUUUAGUUUAGCUCUCGAGGAAGCUAAAUACACUGUGGGAUUGACCUUUGAUCCUUUGAAAGGGGACUGGUCGAAGAUGCUAAGGGAUGCUUCAGAUGCAGUGAUCAUCAACCUGCUAGAGGUAGAAGAAGAGCGUAAGCGCAUGAAGAGGAAACUGUGA